GGUGACCGCACGGCCCGGGCUGGGCCUCGGAGCCCUCGUCCCCGGGGAAUCGCCGCUGCAGAGCCGAGCUGGGGCUGGCGGCCCGGCCAGCGCCCUCUAGGCAGCGGAAGUGGAGCUAGCUUUACAUCCGUCUCCCCGCCUCGCAGAGUUGGGAGAAGGCAGGCUGGGUGGGAAGGGGGGGUGGGGAAAAAAAUCAAAGGAAAAAGUCCUUGCACCAUGUAGAGCGAGCCGGGGACCCCCCCCCGCGGCCGGCCGGGGACCCCCCCCCCAGGUCUGCGGCCAUGAACGCCAGCAGCGAGGGCGACAGCUUCCCGGGCUCGGUGCAAAUUCCAGGCGGUACCACGGUGCUGGUGGAGCUGACACCGGAUAUCCACAUCUGUGGCAUCUGUAAGCAGCAGUUUAACAACCUGGACACCUUUGUGGCACAUAAGCAAAGCGGCUGCCAGCUGACCAGCACUCCAGGGACAGCCCCCAGUACCGUCCAGUUUGUUUCAGAGGAGACCGUGCCGUCCACCCAGACUCAGACUACCACGAGGACCAUCACUUCAGAGACCCAGACGAUCACAGUUUCAGCCCCAGAUUUCGUUUUUGAACAUGGCUACCAAACUUACCUGCCCACGGAAAGCAACGAAAACCAGACAGCCACGGUCAUCUCGCUUCCCGCCAAGCCACGCACCAAAAAGCCCGCAGCACCCCCGGCCCAGAAGAGGCUUAGCUGCUGCUAUCCAGGUUGCCAGUUCAAGACUGCCUAUGGCAUGAAGGACAUGGAGAGGCACCUAAAAAUUCACACAGGCGACAAACCCCACAAGUGCGAGGUCUGCGGGAAGUGCUUCAGCAGGAAGGACAAACUGAAGACGCACAUGCGCUGUCACACGGGUGUGAAACCCUACAAGUGCAAGACCUGCGACUACGCAGCUGCGGACAGCAGUAGCCUCAACAAACACCUGCGCAUCCACUCGGAUGAGCGGCCCUUCAAGUGCCAGAUCUGCCCCUACGCCAGCCGCAACUCCAGCCAGCUCACGGUGCACCUGCGCUCGCACACAGCUCCUGAGCUAGGUACCACUGAUGUCUCAAAACCAACAGACCUCUCUCCUGAAGACAGUGAGCUCCCAAAGGCCCCUGCAGUUGUCCUACCCUUGGAAGCAAAGGAACAAAUGGCCAGCCUUGGGGAAAGGACUUUCAACUGCUGCUAUCCAGGUUGUCAUUUCAAAACCGUGCAUGGCAUGAAAGAUUUGGACCGUCACCUAAGAAUCCACACAGGCGACAAGCCACACAAGUGUGAGUUCUGUGACAAGUGCUUCAGCCGGAAGGACAAUCUGACCAUGCACAUGCGCUGCCACACGAGCGUGAAGCCACACAAGUGUCACCUGUGUGAAUACGCAGCUGUGGACAGCAGCAGCCUCAAGAAACACCUGCGUAUUCACUCAGACGAGCGCCCAUACAAGUGCCAGCUCUGCCCCUACGCCAGCCGCAACUCCAGCCAGCUCACGGUGCACCUGCGAUCGCACACUGGGGACACCCCCUUCCAGUGCUGGCUCUGUAGCGCCAAGUUCAAAAUCAGCUCAGAUUUGAAAAGGCACAUGAUCGUGCACUCUGGGGAGAAGCCCUUCAAGUGUGAAUUCUGCGAUGUGCGUUGCACCAUGAAGGCGAACCUCAAGUCACACAUUCGCAUCAAGCACACUUUCAAGUGUCUGCACUGUGCCUUCCAGGGCAGGGACCGGGCCGACCUCCUCGAACACAGCCGGCUGCACCAGGCUGAUCAUCCAGAAAAGUGUCCGGAAUGCAGCUACUCCUGCUCCAGCGCAGCCGCCCUGCGUGUGCACAGCAGGGUCCACUGCAAGGACCGUCCCUUCAAAUGUGACUUUUGCAGCUUUGACACAAAGCGGCCCAGCAGCCUGGCCAAGCACAUUGACAAGGUGCACAGGGAGGAGGCCAAGACGGAGAACAGGGCCCCGCAGGGCAAGGACGGACCCAGGGAGGGCAGCUCGCACCCUGUGGUCAAGAUCCUCACCCAGAGGGCCUUCCACUGUGACACAUGCGGGGCCUCCUUUGUCAGGGAUGACUCUCUGAGGUGCCAUCAGAAGCAACACAGUGACCAGAAUGAGAACAAGAACUCAAACCUGGUCACCUUUCCCCCAGAGAGCAGUGCUUCCGGGCAGCUUGGUCCCCUGGUCUCUGUGGGGCAGCUCGAGGGAUCCCUGGAUCCCAGCCAUGACCUUUAGUGCAGCCAUGAUGGUCUGGACAAAGCUGGUACCAGCCUCCCAUGGUGACACCACAGGGCUCUUAGUUCUAGAGCCUCAGCUCCCACCUCCCCAGCAUUCAGCCCGGACAGAUACCAAAGCAACACCUCGGAGACUUGUCCACAGCAAAGCUGCUGUCCCUACAAGCAUUGCCAAAGUACGCUGUGACUUUUGGUCCUUGAAAGGUGGGGGGGGGCGAGGGGGGCGGUGCAUUGAGCGCUAUUCUGCCCAUGGGGGAGAGCUGCUUGAUAUGAAUUCUGAUUUGAAAACUGAUCUUUCCCUCAUGGGGUUAUGAAACUAGUACAUAUCACAGGACACUAAAACUAAACUUGCGGGGCAUGGUGGUGCACCCCUUUAAUCCCAGCACUGGGAGGCAGAGGCAGGUGGAUCCACUGUGAGUUUGAGGCCAGCCUGGUCUACAGAGUGAGUUCCAGGCACCUGGAGCUACAGGGAGACUCAAAAAGACCAAAAAUACCCACUAAACUGAUCUGUGUGUGGGAAGGAGUCCACGAGGGUCUGGGAUCCCUGGAAAAGUUCUAGGUUGUGGUUGUAAGAGUGUUUGCCUUAUACAUUUAUGUGGUCUUUUUUCUCUGUUUUGCAAUAAAAGAGCAAAGUUAUCUAUAGAGGGAUGAGAGGAGCUGUCGGUCUUUGCAUGCCUCCACAGGCUGUAGUGGAGAGUUUCCAUCCCCAGCCCUGCCCUAGUCAAUAACUGGAUUGCACAUGCUUUUAGGGUCUCCCUGUGAAUUAGUCCUGCAGUGAAUGUGGAAUACAGUUUGAUCUGAUGGUGGCGCCAAAGAUCAAGCAAACCCUAACCCAUCCUGCAGUUGGGACUGAAUUGAGAAAGAAAAGUCUGUGGGACCCAGUGAGACCUAGGCCCUGGUUCUGGGGCGUGUGGUGAUUAGAACAGCUCAAGUCUGGCAUCUUUCCCAUCAUACGGGGUACCUGGCUUUUGAUAAGCACCACACAAGGGAAAGUCUAACCUCCUUCCAAAUAGAUGUUACAAAAACCUGGCCUUCCUCCAAGCAAGUCUCUUACUUGCACCAAAGCCUGGAGUCUCCGGAAUGCAGGUAGACACAUCAAUUAUCCAGAGUGCUGAGUUCUGCCUCAGCCUGUUUUCUUCAAAUACUGACCUUGUUUAAUAAAAGCUCUUGUAUGA